CCUCCCGCCUCCUUGCAUUGCUCCCAUUUCGCCGCGAUCUGUCAUGCCCUCCGCUCAGCCACCAUCGCCUGAAGCAUCCAUCGCUCAGAACAGCCCUCACGUACUCCUGCCGUUCCUCCAGUCUCAGUCUCAGAAUGCUCUCACCCGUCUCUAUCAGCGGCCAUCCUCCUGUCUCUCCAUAUUCCGUCUUCUGGCCCCAUUAUCAAGGCAACUCGUGAUGAACCUCCUUUGGCUGGACAGCCCAGUGCUGGCGGGAACGAUGGCGGCAUGGGUGGUGCCGGAUGGCAAGAAACUAUAUGACGAAGCUCUGAACACCUUGACGCGUCUACACAUACUACAAAGCUCUGGGGCCAAGCUCGCACUGAAUCCGACUUUUAAGGCGAGUAUGCGGCAGGCAAUCACGUGUAGUGGGACGACUGGGAGCUUUGGAGUGCCAGCGCAGAGGGAUGACAGGCGCGAUGCGCCGAGUGUGGAGACACUCGAUGGGUAUGCGGUACAACGAUGGGAGACAAUUCUACAUUACAUGGUGUCUUCAGGCCAGGGGCAGUACCCGACGAAGCCAACACAGGGUGUUCUGUAUCUCCUUCAGCGCAGCGGGUUGAUGGCGAGCUAUCAUGGCUCUACCCUUCAGAUUACAUCUUCUGGGUUCCAAUUCCUACUCUAUUCACCACACGACCAGUUGUGGGAUCUACUUCUCCAGUACCUGCAUAUGGUGGAGGAACGUCAGAUGGACCUUGUUGAAGUUCUGAGUUUCUUCUUCAUGCUUUCAACAAUGGAGCUCGGUAGAGAAUACUCGACAGAGCCGCUCAGUGAAACACAGAAGGCUAUGCUUGAGGAUCUGCGGGACUACGGACUGGUUUGGCAGCGAAAGGCCUCGUCUAAACGGUUCAGCCCAACCCGCCUUGCGACCACACUCACUUCUGUUUCUCCAUCUCUCCCGACGGCGGGCGGAUCCCGAAACCCUGGAAGUGCACCGGGCGCUUCUUCGGUAGCCAACAGUACGGGCAUCAACACUAACGAUCACGGCUUCAUCGUCCUUGAGACGAAUUACCGCGUGUAUGCAUACACCGACAACCCACUGCAGAUUGCUGUCCUGAACCUGUUUAUCACUUUGAAGUACCGGUUCCCCAAUCUGGUCGUAGGCAUGCUCACGCGCGAGAGCGUGCGUCGAGCGCUGGGCAACGGUAUCUCCGCUGAACAGGUUAUUAGCUAUCUGACUGCACAUGCGCAUCCACAAAUGCGCAAGAACAACCCUUUGCUACCGGUGACGGUACAGGAUCAGGUCCGUUUGUGGGAGCUGGAGCGGAAUAGGCUCAAGUCGGACGAUGGCUUCCUCUACAAAGACUUUGCGACGCAGGCGGACUACGAAUAUGUCCUCGCGUAUGCAAAGGAGCUCGACGUGGUACUCUGGGAAAAUACGAGCAAGCGCUGCUUCUUUGGCACGCUCGACGGGCAUACCAACGUCCGAGGGUUCAUCGAGCGGCGUACCGGCGGUGGCAUGUAGACUUUCGCUUCCUCGCUAAACACUGCUUGGUGCUCGUGUGCUUUCAUGGUGGCGACAGCGACAGCGAUAGAGUUGGAUGCCCUGCCGGGGUGCCUAUUGGAACGUGUUCAGCGUCAGUGACGAAACGAGGUGCGGGGACUGACUUACGGUAGGC